GCAUUCGUCGCUCAGCGAAAAAUGUUCUGUGAGGCGUUUUAACUCCGGGCUUUAUUUCUGACGAUUUUUCCAUUGCGAUCAUGGCUUUGCCGUAUAAACUAUUUAGCCUCUUGGCAGUGGCCGCCAUUUCUAUCCAAUUGGCACUUGCACUGGAGUUUAUGGACGAAGAGUUCCUGCAGAACGAUGAUGGCCAUCACUUGGACGAAGAGUCCUCUGCUGAAGUGCCUGGGAUUUUGACUGGCUACACCAGAGAUACGAUCGCGCACUUCAAUCCUCGCAAAAUGGAUGGGGGCUUUCGACAAUUGUGGGAACGUGUUCCUCUUCAAAAAGUCGAUGACAUUAAGCGCAGAUAGGCAUACAUACCUCAUACUCAAGUCAUCACCAUUAGCAAUUUCUUCAAGUGGAAAAUCAAUUGAAAUUUGACGUACAAUGUGAACAAUGUUCAAACAAAUACUAUUUUAAUCAUUACUUUUUUUUACCAAAAUAUUUAUAAUAUUAAUUUUAAGAAAAGCUUUUAAAACACGUCAACUAAUAUUUAUUUACUACAUAUUUUAAUCGUAGUAAGAGGUUGUUGGAAAGCUCAAUGGCUAUAUUAAAAGUAAAGCGAUUCAGAUCAAUAUAAAAAUAUAUGAAAUAUA